AUGGAUCAAAAGAAUCAGUUAGAAACGUUUGAUAAUCAAAAAGAACAAAUUCUGAAAGAAUUGGCUUCUUCUUUGCCAGAUGCUUCUCCUAAAGGAAAUCCGGAUAGCCCAAUUUUCCCAUUAUUGGAUGUUAUAAACUCGCACCCAGACUGGGUUACGACAAGUUCAUGUUCGGGAAGGAUUUCUAUAUAUGUACAAGGAUUAACGUCUAGAAAGGGAGGUGGUUACUGGCUUUUCGUAUCUCACGAACCAUGCACAGAAUUGCCUCCACCUCUUGAAACAGAAAGUGUGGAUUAUGGGAAAGUGCCGGGAACGGUGUCUGAAGGAUCAAGGGAAAUCCAAUUUGCGUUUGAGCCGAUGAUUUUGCAUGUCCAAACACGAUCCUUGGAGACAGCUCAACACUUGCAACGAGUAGCGAUGAGUUGCGGGUUUCGGGAAACGGGAAUUCAGGGAAGCACGAAUAAAUAUAUUGUAGCUAUUAGAACAAGUCUAAAGAUUGAUGUUCCUAUCGGAGUAGUAGACGCUUCGGAAAGGAUCCAGUUAUAUGUGACCAAGGAGUAUAUGACAUGGCUUGUAAAAAGGACGCUAGACUAUUUUGCUGAAAAUCAAAGGCGAAUGGAUAGGAUUAAGCAACAGUUGGAAACGCAGCUAGCGAAACGAUUAAAACCAAGGCGAAAUCUAAAGUGA